GCGAGAGGCAUCGCAGAGUUCAUCAGACCCGCGCUCGCCAGCUCGAGCGAGGGCGAGAAAAAUACUCUAUCCAUUCCAGUCUUCACAAAGAAAAGCCUCGCCUCCAUUCCGUUACUUGUAGUCGUGAUAGAUAGAUCCCACCCCGGCCCAGCCCCUCCAUCCUCAAGAGCCACCGCCGCACGCCGACCGACGAUCACCCCCGCAUCCCUCCCGCCACCGCCUUUCCUCCCUCCUCCGCCGCGUCCGUCUUUGCCAAUCCGUCGAGUUUCCCCGGAGUUUCCGCCACCCUCUUUCGAGUUCUUGUUGCUGCUUAAUGCUGGUCCGGGGGAUGGGCGGCGGCGUCUUCUGUUGUCCGGUGGCGGCGAUCUGCCGAUGUGGCGGCCGCGUGGGCGGCGGGAGGAGGAGCACCUGAGACGGUGCCGCUCUGCCGCCGUGUUCCGUUCCCUUUGACCGAAAGGUGCCGCUCCUUUCCGGAAAGGGGGAAUUUGUUUCUGCGCUUCUGGCGACUUCCUUUGCGCCGAUUCCAUUCCUUGUUGCCUCGCUAAAUCUCGCCCGGAUUUCCUCUUCCCCUUGGACUCCAUCCCGGUCGCAGAUCCUUUUCCUCCCUGCCCGCCCAUUCUUGCUCUGCUCCGUCACUCGCUCUGCAACUGCAACCUCGAGUUCUUGCUGAGUUUGUUGGUCAAGAAGAUCACAUCUGGGAGAGGAUGGCGUCGAGAUCCUACUCCAACCUCUUGGAGCUCGCCGGCGGCGCUGACCGCGACCAGCCGCUGCCGUCCCUCGGGCAGCCACGCAUACCGCGGGUGAUGACGGCGUCUGGCAUUGUGCCCGGCCUUGACCGCUCCGACGCCCCCGCUGACGCUGCCGCCUCGGUGGCCUCCGACGACCAACCCGACCAGCCGCCGCGGGAGCGCACCAUCAUCGUGGCCAACCAGCUGCCCAUCCGCGCCUGCCGCGGCGCCGACGGCGCCUGGGAGUUCUCCUGGGACCAGGACAGCCUCCUGCGGCAGCUCAAGGAGGCUCUGCGCGCGCACCAGGGCCGCGCCCACAUGGACUUCGUCUACAUCGGCGGCCUGCGCGACGACAUCCCGGCGGAGGAGCAGGACAAGGUCGCGCUCGAGCUCUACGACCGCUUCCGCUGCGUGCCCGCCUUCCUGCCGGACGACCUCCGCUCCCGCUUCUACCACGGCUUCUGCAAGCAGCAGCUGUGGCCACUGUUCCAUUACAUGCUGCCACUGUCGCCCGAGCUCGGCGGCCGCUUUGACCGCGACCUGUGGAAGGCCUACCUGUCCGUCAACAAGAUCUUCACCGACAAGAUCAUGGAGGUGAUCAACCCCGAGGAGGACUUCGUCUGGGUGCACGACUACCAUCUCAUGCUCCUGCCCACCUUCCUGCGCAAGAAAUUCAACCGUGUCAGGCUGGGCUUCUUCCUGCACAGCCCGUUCCCAUCAUCGGAGAUCUACAAGACCCUGCCGGUGCGCGAGGAGGUGCUCCGGGCGCUGCUGAAUGCCGACUUGAUUGGGUUCCACACAUUUGAUUAUGCCAGGCAUUUCCUCUCAUGCUGCAGCAGGAUGCUGGGAAUGAAAUACGAGUCGCAGAGGGGAUACAUUGGACUGGAGUAUUAUGGACGGACUGUCACUGUCAAGAUACUGCCGGUGGGGAUACAUUUGAUGCAGCUGCAGGCAGUGCUCAACCUCCCGGAGACCGGGCUCAAGGUCGCCGAGCUUAUGAAGGAGUUCCCUGAUCGUCACCGCAUCAUGAUGCUUGGUGUGGAUGACAUGGACAUAUUUAAAGGCAUCAGUCUGAAGCUUCUGGCAUUUGAGGAGCUCUUGACGCAGCAUCCAGAGUAUCGAGGAAAGGUGGUGCUGGUACAGAUUGCCAAUCCGGCGAGGGGGAAGGGAAAGGAUGUGAAGGAGGUACAGGAUGAGAGCUAUGCCAUGGUGAAGCGCAUCAAUGAGGCAUUUGGGCAGCCAGAUUACCAGCCAGUCAUAUUGAUCGACAGGCCACUGCACUUCUAUGAGAGGAUGGCAUACUAUGUUGUUGCUGAGUGCUGCUUGGUGACCGCGGUGAGGGAUGGCAUGAAUCUUAUACCAUAUGAGUACAUCAUUGCUAGGCAAGGGAAUGAAAAGAUUGACAGGAUCCUGGGUCUCAGCCCUUCCACAAGGAAGAAGAGCAUGCUUGUCGUGUCGGAGUUCAUUGGCUGCUCGCCCUCCCUGAGUGGCGCGAUUCGGGUGAACCCUUGGAACAUUGAGUCAGUGGCCGAGGCAAUGGACAAGGCCUUGCACACAGGUGAAGGUGAGCAGGCGCUGAGGCACGAGAAGCAUCACAAAUUUGUGAGCACACAUGAUGUCGGAUACUGGGCAAACAGCUUCCUGCAGGAUCUGGCGAGGACUUGCCAAGACCAUAACAAGAGGCGCUGCUGGGGCAUAGGAUUUGGGCUAAGGUUCAGGGUUGUGGCCCUUGAUACGAGCUUCAAGAAGCUCGCGGCUGAGCAGCUCAUCUCAGCCUACCGGAAGGCAAGCACGCGUGCCAUUCUCUUGGACUAUGAUGGUACGCUCAUGCCUGAGUCAUCGUUUCGUAAGAUGCCGAGCUCCAAAACAAUAAACAUGUUGAACAGCCUCUGUCGCGAUGAGAAGAACUUGGUCCUAAUCGCAAGCACAAAGACCCGGGCGACCUUAAGUGAAUGGUUCUCAGCAUGUGAGGACCUAGGCCUUGCUGCUGAGCAUGGCUACUUCAUCAGGCUGGAAAGAGAUGCAGAAUGGGAGACAUGCGGCCCGGCAACAGACUUCAGCUGGAAGCAAAUCGCGGAGCCGGUGAUGAAGACCUACACCGAGACAACGGACGGGUCGAUCAUCGAGGACAAGGAGACAGCAAUCGUGUGGUGCUACAAGGACGCCGACCGUGAUUUUGGAUCUUGCCAGGCCAAGGAGCUCCAUGAUCACCUGGAGAGUGUCCUCUCCAACGAGCCGGUAUCAGUCAAAGCUGACCUGAACUAUGUUGAGGUGAAGCCACAGGGUGUGAGCAAGGGCCUGGUGGCGAAGCGGAUGCUGUCGACAAUGCAGGAGCUGGGGCUCCAGCCUGACUUCAUCCUCUGCGUCGGGGAUGACCGCUCCGACGAGGACAUGUUCGAGGUGAUCACCACCGCGGUGGACGGCCCCUACCUGAGCCCUUCCGCGACGGUCUUCGCCUGCACCAUUGGCCAAAAGCCCAGCAAGGCCAAGUACUACCUGGACGAACCCGCCGACAUCAAGCGCAUGAUCCGGGCCCUCGCGAGCGUCUCUGACCAGGAGCUGGCGCUGGAGGAGGGCGAAGAGCUGGAGGAGGGCGAAGACCCUCCUUACCCUUUCCUUGCCGGCGACGGCACCAGCAGCGACGACACCUGGCUGGACUGAGGGGGGAAGCUGGCAGAGAAGACCAGCAGCAGCGCAGCCUCCGGCCUGAAUAAGACAGCAUAAUGGACCGUGCCGUCGUAAACGGCACCAUAGUUGUGUUUCUGCUUGGUUGUUGUUCUGCCUGUUUCGCCCAUUGUGUAUAUAGACUCCGUUGAACUUGGUUAAAUUACCGACUAAAUUUCCAGACACCA